AUGUCAGUUUCCCUUUUUGUACGACCAAUGGUGACUUCGACAUUGUUGUGUCUCGUGCUGCUGCAUGCUGUUGGUGUUCUUGGGUUUUCGGUGACUCUAAAGCUGGAAAAAUCCUUUCCCACCAACCAUGGCGUUGAGUUGAAACAACAUGCGGAAAGAGAUGGUUUAAGACAUCGUAGAAUACUAUACAAGUAUUCUGAUCCAAAUGUGGUUGUUGGAUUUGGAGUAUUAGGAACGUACGAUCCUUUUGAUGUUGGAUUCCUAUUACUAUCUAUGAUCCUACAAGCUCCUCCACAUCUUCUCCUAUCUUAUGUUCGGACGAAAGAUGUUCUCCGAAAUCCAACUCAUGUUCCGAUAAUCAAUGCACCUACGAUCUCCACUAUGGAGAUGGUAGUGGAACAUCAGGUUAUUAUGUAUCCGAAUUGA